GAAAAAGAUGAAGUUGGUGAUGAGGUGUUAAAGAAGCAAACAAAAGAAACGAGAGGCCUCAAUUUUACUUAGCCUCAAAACACUCUUAGAGAAGAAGAGCUCGCUUACACCUUAUCCUAUCCUUUCUUUCUCUCUCUCCAAAUCUCUAUUUCCUCAAUCACUACUUUUACUUCCUUCCUCAUUGCCACCACCACCACAAAGUCAUUCUUAUAAAACACACACACACACUUUCUCUCUUCUCCCUCUUCCUUCCUUUCAUCACUAUUCAUCCACUUCCUCUAGAAAGUGCUUGGUAUAUGUAACUCAAUACCUAUCAAAUUCAGUUUGGGUUUUGUAACCCAACGCUUUAAGUAUUGUGUCCAUUAGUAAUGGCUCCUAAAGCUGGGAAAACAAAGCCACACAAAAGCAAAGGAGAUAAGAAGAAGAAGGAAGAGAAAGUAUUGCCCAUUGUCAUAGAGAUAAGUGUUGAAACACCAGAUGAAUCCCAAGUGACUCUCAAGGGAAUCUCUACGGACAGAAUCUUAGAUGUGAGGAAGCUCUUGGCGGUCCAUGUUCAGACAUGCCACUUCACCAACUUCUCCCUCUCUCACCAGGUACGUGGCACCAGGCUCAAGGAUUCCGUUGACAUCGUAUCGCUCAAGCCCUGCCACGUCACCAUCGUCGAAGAGGACUACACGGAGGAGAAAGCCACCGCGCACAUACGGCGGCUCCUCGACAUCGUCGCUUGCACCACCGCCUUCGGUUCGUCGAAACCUCCCGUACCUCGCUCGUCUCCCAAGGAAUCCGGCCAAAAAGAUGCCGGCGAUUCGGAUUCCGUUCUCAGCCCUAAGGUUAAGGAAUCGGAGAAGAAACUCGCUGUCGGAGGCGGCGGAGGCGGAUGUGAGGCUGCGGAAGGUGGAGAUAAGGGAGAAAUCAACAUGUGUCCGCCGACUCGUCUCGGGCAGUUUUACGAAUUCUUCUCCUUCUCACAUCUUACUCCUCCGAUCCAAUAUAUCAGAAGAUCUGUUCGUGCAUCAGUUGAAGAUAAAGGAUUAGAUGAUCUUUUUCAAAUCGAUGUUAAAGUGUCAAGUGGGAAGCCAAUCACAGUUGUUGCGUCGAGAACAGGUUUUUAUCCAGCUGGGAAGCAGCAGCUUCUGUGUCAUUCUUUGGUUGAGCUGCUUCAACAGAUAAGCAGGCCUUUUGAUGCUGCUUAUGAUACUCUUAUGAAAGCUUUCAUUGAGCAUAAUAAAUUUGGAAACCUUCCUUAUGGUUACCGAGCAAAUACUUGGGUGGUUCCUCCGGUUGUUGCAGAUAGUCCGUCUACUUUCCCGUCACUUCCAGUGGAGGAUGUGACAUGGGGAGGAGAUGGCGGUGGGGUUAGCCGGUCUGGUAAGCAUGACAAGAGAAAGUGGGCCAAGGAGUUUGCGAUUUUGGCAGCGAUGCCUUGUAAGACAUCUGAAGAGAGACAAGUUCGAGAUAGGAAGGCUUUUCUACUCCACAGCCUAUUCGUCGACGUUUCUGUUUUCAAAGCAGUGGAGAUUAUAAAGAAUGUAGUAGAGAGUAAUCAACUCUCGUCUGCGUUGGCUUUCCAUGAAGAACGAGUAGGUGAUUUGAUCAUUAGGGUUGCUAGAGAUGAUCCUGAUGCUAGUGCUAAGCUUGACCGGAAGAGUGAUGGGACUCGGGUUCUUGAGAUCUCUCAGGAAGAACUUGCUCAGAGAAAUUUGCUUAAAGGGAUCACUGCUGAUGAGAGUGCGACUGUUCAUGAUACGUCAACCUUGGGUGUGGUGGUUGUGAGACAUUGUGGUUUCACAGCCAUUGUUAAAGUUGCUGCUGAAUUUAACUUGGAUGGGGGCAGUCUCCCACAGGAUAUAGACAUUGAAGACCAAUCAGAAGGAGGUGCAAAUGCACUGAAUGUAAAUAGCUUGAGAACUUUGCUACACAAGUCUUCAACGCCUUCGAGCAUAGCUCAGAGAUCACCAAAUGCAGACUCAGAACAAAUACGUGUGGCUAAGUCCCUUGUGAGGAAAGUAUUUGAGGACAGUCUGCAGAAAUUAGAGGCUGAGCCCGCAAGAAAUACCAAGCCUAUAAGGUGGGAAUUAGGAGCAUGUUGGGUGCAACAUCUGCAAAAUAAAAGUGAGACUAAGAACACUGAAGAUGCUAAGCCUGAACCAACUGUUAAGGGUCUUGGAAAGCAAGGUGCACUGCUAAAGGAGAUUAAAAAGAAGAUUGAUGUGAAAGCUAACAAGUCUGAACAGGGAAAGGAUUCCCUUGCUAAUAAGGUUGACAAUGACAAGAAAUCAGAAACUGAAGAUCAGAAGGAACUCGAGAAACAAAAUGAGGAAAUGGAAAAAAUGUGGAAAGAAUUGGUGACAGAAGCUGCAUAUCAACGUCUUAAGGAAUCAGAAACUGGUUUUCAUCUCAAGUCACCCAGAGAGCUGAUUGAAAUGUCCCGCAAAUACUACACUGACACCGCUCUUCCAAAACUGGUGGCAGACUUUGGAUCUCUUGAACUCUCACCCGUCGAUGGGAGAACUCUGACUGACUUUAUGCACACCAGAGGCUUACAGAUGCAUUCCUUGGGGAGAGUGGUGGAGCUGGCUGACAAGCUCCCUCACGUGCAAUCCCUCUGUAUUCAUGAAAUGAUUGUUCGGGCAUACAAGCAUAUACUGCAGGCUGUUGUAGCAGCUGUUGAAAACACUGCUGAUCUAGCCAUCUCAAUAGCAACAUGCUUAAAUGUCCUACUGGGAACACCGUCUGACACUGAGAGCGAAUGUGAUGAAAAGAUAAAGUGGACCUGGGUAGAAACGUUUAUUUCCAAGAGAUAUGGGUGGGAUUGGAAGCAUGAAGGUUACGAGGAAUUGAGAAAAUUCUCCAUUCUUAGGGGACUGUCACACAAGGUUGGACUGGAGCUUGUUCCUAAAGACUAUGAGAUGGAGACAUCAUGUCCAUUCAAGAAGUUGGAUAUUAUCAGUAUGGUUCCUGUAUACAAGCACGUUGCAUGUUCAUCCGCUGAUGGACGCACUUUGUUGGAAUCAUCCAAAACUUCCUUGGAUAAAGGCAAACUAGAGGAUGCUGUCAGUUAUGGUACCAAGGCACUGACGAAGCUUGUAGCAGUGUGCGGUCCAUAUCAUAGAAUGACCGCCGGAGCAUACAGUCUACUUGCUGUUGUGCUGUACCAUACUGGGGACUUUAACCAGGCUACCAUUUAUCAGCAGAAAGCACUCGACAUAAAUGAAAGGGAACUUGGACUUGAUCACCCAGACACAAUGAAAAGCUACGGCGACCUAGCCGUCUUCUACUAUCGUCUUCAACACACAGAAUUAGCUUUAAAAUAUGUCAACCGUGCAUUGUAUCUUUUGCAUCUAACAUGUGGACCGUCACAUCCAAAUACUGCUGCCACUUAUAUCAAUGUAGCGAUGAUGGAAGAAGGUUUGGGGAAUGUCCAUGUGGCUUUAAGAUACCUUCAUGAAGCGUUGAAAUGUAACCAGAGACUACUUGGAGCUGAUCAUAUCCAGACUGCUGCAAGUUACCAUGCUAUUGCUAUUGCUCUUUCUCUGAUGGAAGCCUACUCUUUGAGCGUCCAACAUGAGCAGACCACUCUACAGAUUCUACAGGCAAAACUAGGCCCUGAGGAUCUUCGGACACAGGAUGCGGCUGCGUGGCUUGAGUAUUUUGAGUCUAAAGCUCUGGAACAGCAAGAAGCUGCACGAAAUGGUACUCCUAAGCCAGACGCUUCUAUUUCCAGCAAAGGCCAUCUCAGUGUAUCAGACCUGCUGGAUUAUAUAACUCCGGAUACUGAUCUUAAAGCAAAAGACGCCCAAAGGAAAGCUCGCCUAAAGGUCAAGGGAAGACCAGGACAAAGUCCAGGACCUGUGUCUGAAGAUAAUCAGAAAGAUGAUGAAACUCUGAGUCCGACUCAUGUCACUGGAGAGAGUUCAAGUGACAAAGAGAACAACUCAGAAGCAAAACCUGAAGAAACAAAGGUUGAGAAACGUGACUUGAAACCUCAAGAUCAGCCCACGCUGGUUAAGAUAGACUCCAGGCCCCAAGUGGAUGAUGACUCUGACGAAGGAUGGCAAGAAGCUGUCCCGAAAAAUCGUCAUCCUUCUGGGCGUAGAACCCGUCCCAGCCUGGCAAAGCUGAACACAAACUUCAUGAACGUGACCCAGCAGACAACAAAAAGCAGAGGAAAAUCCAACAAUUUCACCUCCCCAAAGACUUAUUCAAAUGAGCUUACAAUCUCUGCUGGUGGCUCCACAUCCCAGCACGCGAAGAAGCUUUUGAAGAGCUCAAGUUUGAACAGAAAGCAAAACAGUUCCAAUGCAGUUGGAGAAAAGGUGGUAAACAAUAAAUCAGCCCUGGCAAGCUCACCUUGCACCGAACAGGUUAAUAAGCCAACUCUGAUGGUGAGUCCUGUGACUCCCCAAGCUGGAAAACUGUUUUCUUAUAAAGAAGUUGCACUGGCACCCCCUGGAACAAUUGUGAAAAUAGUUGCGGAGCAGUUGUCAGAAGAAACUACUGCUCCAGACACUUUGGAGGCAGCAAAGGUUGCAGUAGAUGGUCCUGAAAAAGUUAAGUCUGAGGAUGUUGUUAGUGAGAAUAAACAUGUGGCUACAGAAACGGAAGCAAAAAAUGCUGAUAGCAAUGAACAAGGAGAGGUGGCUGAAAAGGCAGCAGAAGAAGGAUCUCCAACAGAGACAGCUGUUUCAGAUGCCAGUCAAGGAAAAUCUGAAAGUGUACAAACGGCUGAGGACUCAAAUGGAGUGAAGCAACAUAAGGAUGUCUCUGGUACUGAACUGAAAGCAGUAGAUGGUGAAACGGAAGAUCUGCCCAAUGGAGACCCAAGCCCAAAGACAUCAAUAGUUGCAGAUGGAGAAAAGCAAGAAGCCUGCGAGGCACAAAAGGAGAUGAGCAAGAAGCUCUCUGCUUCUGCACCGCCCUAUACCCCAACAACCAUUCCAAUUUUCGGGUCGAUAGCAGUUCCAGGAUUCAACGACCACGUGGGGAUCCUUCCCUCCCCACUAAACAUGCCGCCACUGCUUCCUGUAAACCAUAUCCGAAGGUCAGCUCCUCACCAAUCUGUAACAGCUCGAGUUCCCUAUGGGCCUAGGCUCUCAGGUGGUGGUUACAACCGAUCUGGAAACAGAGUUCCUCGUAACAAACCAAGCUUCCCAAGUAUCGCUGAGUCCAAUGGAGAGGCUAAUCAGUUCAUUGGUCCAAGAAUAAUGAACCCUCAUGCAGCUGAGUUCAUACCGAGUCAGCCAUGGGUUUCUAAUGGCUAUCCAGUGUCACCAAACGGCUAUAAUGGCACGGAAAUAACACAGAAUGGGUACCCGUUGUCGCCAGUAGCAGAAGGUGCAUAUCCGUGUAACAUACCUGUACAGCCUCAGAAUGGACAUUCUAUACCUGGUACUGAAAUGGCUGAGGAGAAGAGUGGAGGUGAAGAAGAGAGUAACAAGGAGAAGAAAGCUGCUGAGGAUGAAGAAGUCAUUGCACAAGAAACUACAGAAACAUCUGAAAACGGACACUCGAUAGUAGGUGAAGAGAAAACCACAGCACAAGAGGUAACCGACGAGAAAGGACAAGGAGGCAAGUGCUGGGGAGAUUACAGCGACAAUGAAGUUGAAGUCACAGUUUGAAGAAGCAAUUUUUCUGUCAUUGAAGUAUUUUAACAUUGAGGCUUAAAAGGAAUGGAGAGAAAACUUGGCUCCAUGGAUGAGGUUUGAGUUACAUCAUAGUUCGCGGGAAGGUGAGAGGAAACCAUUUCUAAGUUUAAAUCUUUUGUGUUGCAGCGGAGGACCAAGACUUGUCACUCCUGCUUUUAACAACUCUACUCCUGCUUUUUUUUUUUUUCAGUUUUUGGUUUCCGUAGUUGAAAACUAAAAAUUAUUGAACUCGUUGAGGAGCCUCUCGAAUAAAGUCAUUUGUCGUUUUGUUUUGAUUAACUGUGAAUACUGUUGUGACAGAGCGAGCGCAUCAUGACCUAGAGAUAACUUAUGGGAUCCCAAAAUGCACUGUGAAUAUCUACAAUGGUUAAGCUGAGUCUCUAUGUUGGCUAAACAAUGGUUACGACAUGUUUGAUAAUGAUAACAUUUCCUAUCAUGCAAGGCUGCUUCUUCUGCAACGUUGUUGAGUGUUGUUCCAAGUAUUCUCUGCUGUUCAUCACAGGUAAUUUGUCAAGAAUAUAA